UUGACUCCAUGGCAACGCAACUACCGCCACAGCUAAUCCAGCAAACUGCUCAUAUUUUUCUACAGUUACCGAUAAAAUAGAAAAUGUGACUUUACUUUAAAUACUUCAGGGUUCAUAUUUAUUCACAAGACGCAUUUAUGAAAGCACAGGAGCCUUCAGGACGAUUUCCCAGAGAUGUGAGCCUUGUGACGGUUAAAGAUGUCUUCUCAGAAAGAGACAAUGCAAGUGUUGCCCAUCUGGGAGCUUUCCAUCCCUCUCCCAGCGGUGCUGAUGAUCACUCUGACUCUUUACAUGAUGGUCCUAGGGAUCGGACUGUGGAUCCGAUACUGCCUCAAGGACCGUUGUUCUUCAGAGUGCAGUGACUGCUGUCCAGACAUUUCCAUAUGUGAGGAGUGCUUUAGAUUUGGUGAAAUGUGUGACUGUCGCCUGCCAACCAUGCGCUCGUGUUUGGCCGUUCCGUGCUCGUCACCUUCUUGUGGUGGGUGGGACUGUGCCUGCACCUGUACGCCUCCAGAGUGUGAGUCCUGCAACUGCCUCUGCUUCGAGAUCAGAAUCAAUUUACAGUGAAGCGGAAUAACAAGAAACUAACAGGAACCACCAGGACACUCAACAGGACUCCUAUUUGUUUACCUUUUACCUUUAAAAGAGACUGAAAUUACUUUUUAAUUAAAUGUAAUGAAGAGAACAUGGACUCCUCUCUCUGCUGUCAAGUGUUAAAGGCCGCUUAAAACUAUUCUCUCAUGUCUUUGACUUCACUAAAUGUGACUGUUUCAUACCAAAUGAUUUAAAAUAUUCAGUAGCAGUGGUCAAUAUUGAUUAAAACCUCUAUCAUGGUACAUAAUCUUUUAUCAAACCGUAUCACAUCAUAACAUGAUACAAUAUGUUUACUGCUAAAAGAGUGGGCUGUGAAAAUAACCAGACAGGAAGUGUCUGUUUUUUUGGGCUGAUCUUGUAAUAUUAAUUACAAAUAAAGGAACUUCAUCACAUUGAUGCAAAAAUGUAUAUAAAAGGUUCAACUAACUGUUAAACUUUUCCCGCAGUGGUCUCAAACACAAGGAGAUAUCCACGUGGUGUGUGUGUGUGUGUGUGUGUGUGUGUGUGUGUGUGU